GCCGGGCGUGUGAAAGCGGAAGUGGCCCCCGUUCAGAAGUCGUCAGUCGGUUGUUGUUUCUCUGGUUUUCUCUCGUUUUCUCUCUCUCUCGAACACUUUCUGUGGAUUCCGCAGCAGUUUCCCGCCUCAGAGAUGACGCAGAACAACAUUUUCCUCUUUGUUCCCAAUUUGAUCGGCUACGCCCGUGUGGUUCUGGCCCUGCUCUCUUUCUACCUGAUGCCCUGCUGCCCCUGGCCGGCGGUCUUCUGCUACCUGCUCAGCGCCCUGUUGGACGCCUUUGACGGCCACGCUGCCCGGGCGCUCAAUCAGUCCACCAAGUUUGGCGCCAUGCUGGACAUGCUGACGGACCGCUGCGCCACCAUGUGUCUGCUGGUGAACCUGUCGCUGCUCUACCCGUCCUACACCUUCCUGUUUCAGCUCAGCAUGUGUUUGGACAUCGCCAGCCACUGGCUGCACCUACACAGCUCCACAAUUAAAGGAUCAGGCAGUCACAAGAACAUCGACCUGUCAGGAAACCCCGUCCUCCGGAUCUACUACACCUCUAAGCCGGUUCUGUUUGUGAUGUGCGCCGGGAACGAGCUCUUCUUCUGUCUGCUCUACAUUCUUCAUCACAUCUCAAAACCUGCUGCGUGGCUGUACUGGCUGCAGGGUCUCUGUGGAACCAUCUGCCUGCUCAAGUCUGCCAUCAGCCUCCUGCACCUCAUCACCGCCGCCCAGAACAUGGCCGCCCUGGACGCCGCAGAACGAGAGAAGACCGCCAAGAAACACUGAGCGCGUGUGUGUGUGCGUGCGUGUGUGUAACACACAAGAUUUUUGUUUUGAACAGAAAAAAAACCCAAUUACAUUAUGAUUUAAAAGUUAUUUAAAUGAUGAUAAAGCUGCGACUAG